UGAAAUGUUCCCGCACGUAUCCGUUUAUACGCUACAUUUAGGCAUGAAAACGUGAAACUUCACAGUUUCAUUUCGGCGCUUGCAUUCCCCACAGUAUUCCACUCCAGACUAUAAUUUGAUACAAAUCGGUCUGCAUAGAUGGCAUUAAUAGGGUAUAUUGGCCCUCAGAUACAAGAACAAAAAUUAGACUUUUGUGAAAAUGUCUUCGGUGGAAAUCUCAUUACUUUUCCGUCUAUAAAACCUCCAUCUGAUGAGAAAAUACAAUGUGUACAGUGUCAUGAGCCUAUGGACUUUUUGAUGCAGUUAUAUUGUCCAAUCGGUGAUUCAAAAUAUCACAGAAAUCUUUACUUUUUCGUGUGUUUAAAGCAGUCUUGUCAAGUGAGUGGAAGCAACUGGAAGGUAUUACGUUCCCAAUACUUCACAAAUUCUGAUCAACCUCAAUCCAAGCCAUGUACAAGUUGGUGUACGGAAGAUGAUGAUGGAGUUUCUGAUGAAGAGAGUUGGGGUCUAGUUGUAGAUAAGAAUUCAGAGGUUCAACAAGAACAAGAAAGUAUUCAUGGACAGAUAUCGUCUCUCAUUGGUCGUUUUCAGUGUCAUUCUAUUGAUAUAUACGAAGAUACCGCAAACAUCACAGAGUCUAUAAUAGACACAAAGGAUAAUGAGAAUGAAACGCAUUCCCAUAGUUCUUCGGUGAAGCAAUUUCUCUCGAAAUGGUCAGAAAAUGUGUUAGUGGAUCAGGAAUUUAUCGAAGAAGACGAUAACACACUGCCUGAAUCUUUUGGUGAUGCCCUACAGUUUUAUAUAUCUAGUAGAGGCGAGUAUGGCUGUGAAGAUAUUCGUUAUUGUUGGUCUGGUAGGCCUAUUUUUAAUAGUCUGCCGCCGAGUGAUUUAGAACAAUAUUUGACUUGUUCUGAGUGUGGUUCAGACCGUGUAUUCGAGUUGCAAAUUUUUUCCACUUUAAAUAAUUCUCUGAAAAUUUCAACUAAUGAUCAACUAGACGAACAUCUUGAAAGAUUAAAUCCUAACUGGCUUUUAAACAUUAUUACAGUUCUGAUAUUCACUUGUCGUAAUUCAUGUUGGAAAGAAACAAAUGAUUGGAUAGAAGAAUGCGUUGUAGUUCAAACUGAAAACAAUAUAACUAAGAUUAAUAAUACAAUACAUCGGUAAUGUAUUUUGAUCAGUUUGUAAAAAGCAAUUUGUACUACAUCCCAGUCUGUUCAUUUCUUUGAUCAGUUACAUGCUUAAUCGAUUGUACGGUCUAUUUGAUUUUAAUUCAAUAAACCAACAAUUUAA